AAAAUAUUGUAGAAUACGAAUAAAUAUAGAACUGCCACGAGACUAAUCAAUAUGUCUGACGAGGCCCCGAUUAGCGACUGUGCGCCGAGCACUUCGAGUCUGCCCUUCAACGCUUAUCAUAUCCACUUGCCGCUCUACAUCAUGGACAUGGUGCGCGUCUUUCAGGAUCAUCCCAGCUACGUCGAUGGCAUACAGGAGGCUACUAUCAUAGAGAUGCUAAAAAAGGAACCAUUCGCCUGUGGCGAUCUGGAAGCCCAGGUGAAGACAGCCCUCAUGGACCUCACUGCCAAGGGCUUCGUACGUUACAUUGGCAAUGGGUAUCGCACGCUGGGACCUAUUGCGAAGCUGUCCAAUUCCCGAUCUGCGCGCCACUUCAACCAGACAUGGCAGCGCAUUGCCGCCUUGCAGCUGCCCCACGGUGGCAGCCCGGAGGCUUCCACCAGCAGCACUGGCAAUUGCCCUCAGCGCGGGUCCAGCUGCUAAGGAUGGACUCUCCCCAAAUAUAUUUAUUUCGCUUCUUGUUUCGUUAAAUGAGUUGAGUUUCUUCCAACAUAGGCAGACAAACGUACACCCACCCAAAAAGUAAUCGAAAUUGUAUCAGUGUAUUAAAAUUCAUGCUAAGAAGGCCACCAAA